AUUUUUUAUCCGUCAUUUGUAUUUUGUAGACCGUAAUUUUUGCUGUUCUAUAUAUCCGUCGAAAUAGUAUUAUAAAUAAAAGCUAAUAUAAUGGUGGAUCGUUUAGUAAAUAGUGAAGCAAAUGCUAGAAGAAUUGCUAUGGUCGAGAACUGCUUCGGCAGUUCUGGACAGCCAUUGGCAGAGAAGGGCAGAGUGCUCGUUGGCGAGGGUGUCCUGACAAAAAUGUGCCGGAAGAAGCCUAAGGCUCGUCAAUUCUUCCUCUUCAACGACACAUUGGUGUAUGGCAACAUUGUGAUAAACAAAAAGAAAUAUAACAAACAACAUGUGAUUCCACUGGAAGAAGUCAAACUGGAGUCUUUAAAGGAUGAAGGCCAGUACCGCAACGGUUGGCUUAUUCGCACCGCUUCGAAGUCGUUCGCUGUGUACGCGGCCACGGCCACUGAGAAAGAAGAAUGGAUGGCACACAUUGAGAAAUGCAUAGAGGACUUGUUACGGAAAAGUGGCAAGCAACCGCCGUCGGAGCACGCGGCGGUGUGGGUGCCGGACAACGAGGCGGCCAUCUGCAUGCACUGCAAGAAGACACAGUUCACCGUACUCAAUAGGAGGCAUCACUGCCGCAAGUGCGGGUCUGUAGUGUGCGGGCCGUGCUCGUCCAAGCGCUGGGUGCUGCGCGGUCAGAGCGACAAGCCGCUGCGGGUUUGUCUGCAGUGCUACGACGAGCUGAACCGCGAGCGAGCCCGCUCCGCCGCGCCGCAGGAGGCCCCGCCCGGCAAGCCGGUAGCCGACGCGGCCGGGUCCGGUGGCGACUCGUCGGCCGACGACGACAGCGACGACGACGACGACCGCGACAACGCCGACGAGAAACACGACGAGGGUUUCACUAGCUAUAACGGAGUCAAAAACGGAAUCGGAAAUAAAGUGACGACCGUAUAGUAUUUGAGAAUACUGAGUUGGUCCAAAGUUCUACGGGGAUGGCGAAAAGACUGAUGAGACAAAUAACCAUUCGUCCAAGGAAGCAAAGUGAAAUACAAAAUUUUAAUACAAAUAUACACUGUACACACAUACACACAAUAGAAGCUUAAAAUUAGGGGCUCCCUAAACGGCUGUCACUUUUUACAAUGCAGAAUGUAAAUUAUGAGAAUUUAGAACGAAGUUACACUGGUCCUUUGCGUCGUCGAAACGACGUUGGCGUUGAGCAUUUUGUUCAAAAUUUAGAUAUUCCUAAAACACUACCACAAUAUUUAAAUAGCAUUUACUACAUACUUCUAUACUCAACUUUUACAAUUAUGGAUAAAAAUUACGUCCACAUAAUAUCUAUUUGGCGAAGGUAGUCAGAAAAAAAUUGAGCCGACCACAGAAAUAAAUCAAGAUAGAAUGGCGACGCG